CGGCGUCACGCAGCGUGAAGAACAAAAUCGUUCUUCACGAAUUUCCAGUUUCGAGCAAAGUCCACGUCAAGUGCGUCAACUAUGUGACAUUCGAGUGACAAAAUUGGAAGAUACUCUCCCGCUGUUGUGUCUACGCACAGAUAAAAAUGUCAGCCGAGUAUAGUCGAAACAUUUUAAAAAUAGUUGUUGCACAGAUCUGUCAGACGAUAGGAUGGCACUCUAUUAAUUCCACGCCAUUGGAGUUUUUGGUAGAUCUUAUGCAAGAAUAUCUGUUACGUGUUUCAAAACUUACACAUCAAUAUUCAGAAGUUUUGGGAAGAACAGAACCAAAUCUUGACGACUUAGGAUUAGCAUUUCAAUAUAUGAAUAUUGACAUACAAGAAUUGGCGGAAUAUGUGAAAAAUGUAGAUUCUAUUCCAUGUACUUUACAAGUCCCGCAGUAUCCAAUUCGACGUCAAAAUCAUUUAAAUUUUUUAAAACCAGGUAGUCGUGAAGUUGUCACGAGACCAGUACACGUACAUGAACAUUUACCAGCUAUGUAUCCUGAUACCGAAGAGGAAUACAUACCAGAUAAAAAUGAAAAUUUAAUAAAUGGCACGGCGGACCUGACUUCCAGCAGUGGGGCAUCGUCGGGAAAUUCCAACAAUGCAUCACCCCAUAGAAUGUCACCACAGGUAGUCUUUAAACGGCCAGGCGAUCCAGUGUCUUUUGAAAGUCCCAUAGUAAAGCGAGCAAAGAUUUUGGAAGAGGGUAGACCGUUACGUGAAAUAAGCAGUGUUAUGAUGACCACAUCUGGUUUUUUAUCACCCGCGCGCGAAGGAAAGCUACCUGAAGCGAGAACGCCGCAUCAGGUGCGAUCGGAUUCGCCACAGCCAAGCUCUUAUCCGAUGGUACCGCCUGAAUUAAAGACCGACAAGAAACUGAAGAAAGUUGUCAAGAAAGGUCCCGAGGAUCGUAAACUCGAUAAGGAGAACAAGAAGAAGAAAGGUGCGAAGGAAUUGUUUAAGCCAGACAAGAUUGAUGAGAGCAAAGUGAAGAAAUUAGUCGGCAUGAAGGAGUUGGCCAAGUUAAAACCGUUAAAGCCAGGCGGCGGCAAGGCGCAAUCUACGUUACAAGAACUUACGGGUAGCAGACCGUCUACACCGAAAAUUGCGUCACCUAAAUCUUCGGCCGCCAAUAGUCCGAAAUCGUCGAAAACCACGCAACCGAAGGUCAAGACCGACAAAGUAGUAGAUCUGACAGACAACUCUGUCGCUGUCGAGAAGAAAGAGGAAACCGUUGACAAGUUGCCGUCGGAGCCGGACAAACAGAAACUGAAUAUCUUUAAAAAAAUAUCAAAACCGCGUGAGGAAAAAGACAAAGACAAGGAGACGACAGAGCCGCAUAAGUAUAAGGAUGCUCUUGAUUCGCGCGAGAACUCGCCAGAAUUGAUUAUAGACAUUGAGAAUGCAGAGAAGCAUGUGCAUCGUAACGACACGGAUCCGAAAGGAGGACGAAGCGAAGAGAAGAAAACACCUCAUACACCGGACGUACAUAUACAAUCGGACAGUGACUUGGCAGAUGUGCAGAGUUUAUCGUCGGACGUUUACAUGUUUGACGACGCUGACAUUUCACCGCCGGGUACACCUAGUACGCCAAAAACUCCCGAAUUAAGUGUACCUACUGUGCCAGAGCAGAAACGAAAGAAAAAAGAGAAAAGUGGCAAAAAGAAAGAACCUAAAUUGAAAAACCCGAAACAAUGUAUCAGUCCGAAGAAGACGAAACUUUCGAAUGACGUGACAGAAUUGGAGAUACCAGAUCGGCCCAAAACGCCGCAAGCACCCGAGCCACUACACAGAGAGCCCAUUCUUCCGCUCCCACUUCAUUCGUUUCCUUUUUUUACUCCGUUUCCUUCGGCACCUGGUUUAAUUCCUCCGAUGUUUCCACGCUUUUCGUUUCCGCUUGGACGAGGUGGGCCAGGUCCUCAUCCCGCGAUGCCCAAUUUACCAUUACCACCGCGUUUUACCAAUCCACCUAUAAAACCUGAAGACUUUCCACUGUCCAAAAUUAAACCUGUGGAACGUGAGAAGCCAUUGAUUCCUCCACCGGCUGAGCUAACACCUUCGUCGAUUCUAGGCGAAAAUGAGAAGGCGGACAAAGAGAAGGUGGAUAAUAAACUUACGAAAAUAUUUAAGCCAAAAGAAUUGCCUUUCAUGAAAGUACCUGAGAAGGUACUACCCGUAGGCGUUGCACCGCCUAUAGUGUCUGCACCAGUUGCACCAAUCGCGCUUACUACACCAACAGUACCCGUUGUGCAAAUGCCACCGUCAAAAAAUCCUAAAGCUGAAAAAACAGAGAAGAAUGAUUUGGUAAAUUCGAAAUCUAAAGAACACAAGAAAGAAAAAAAGGAUAAAGUGAAAAAGAAGAAGGAUAAGAAAGAGAAGCAUAAAGAAAAAAUAAAGGAGAAGAAGGAAAAGACUGAAAAACGCGAAAAAUUAGAAAAGGUUAAAGAAAAGAAGGAGAAAAAAGAAAAGAAAAAAGAAAAAGAUCAAAAUAAAAAAAAUAUGAAAGAAGAAAAGAAUCCAGAAGCAGUUCCAAAAAUUACGUUAAAAUUAGGUACAGCUUCUCCUAGACCAGCAACUCCAGAUAAUGCUCCUAUGAAGAAAAUAACUAUUAAACCACUCGUGAAAAAACCGGAUGAAGAGAUCAAGCGAGAACCUAGUCCAGAAUUGGCGAAAAUAUCAGCAUUGGUAACACGACCGCCAAAACAAAAGUCAGCAAGUAAGAAAACAGAGGAGGGAAUAUUAGAUGGAAGCCCUGCUCUUCUUACAGAUUCUUUCUCUGCCAAUCUUACUAGCGUGCCACUUGCAUCAGUUCCUCGAGCAAAGAAAUCUAACUUCCAAAAUCUAUCUCAAAAUGAGUCAAUACCUUCACCUCAGUUUGACAAUCCUCCAAAACUCCCGAACCCUUUAGUGCCGCCACAACCACCAUAUUAUUUUGAUCGAGGGGGGCGUCAGGUGUGGAUAUGUCCUGCAUGCGGCAACCAGGAUGAUGGCUCUCCAAUGAUCGGCUGCGACGAUUGUGACGCUUGGUAUCACUGGGUAUGCGUCGGUAUGCAAGUCCCACCGGCCGAGGAUGAGGAUUGGUACUGUCGUUUUUGCAUAGCAAAGAAACAAGAGCUGCUUCAUGAUAAGAAAAAGAAAAAGCGCAAAAAGAAAGUGAAAGUAACGGCCUAGUAUAAGUUAACCGGGUCUAACUGUUUAAGGCCCGGUGUCAUUAUGCCAACCAUUACCAAAAUUAAAACGAAAGAUAAUAAAAGCGGCGUCAAGAGUAUAAAGACGAAAAAGAUUCCCAAGGGUGACGUUAAGUCGCUAAAAGGAAAAUCGAUAAAUUUGGCUAAAGGAAAAGCUACGAAAAGUGUAAUGAAAGUAAAGGCUGUAAAAAAGAAAUAGAAGCUUGUUAUGCUGUGCAAUGUAAUUUAGAUAGUUGCGAAUUGUAUUUUGUGUAAACUAGGGAAUAUAUGUAAAGGAUUAUAUUCUCUUUUAUGCCAGCAUACAAGCAUUCUACGUUUGUAUCGGUGUUCUAAUAUAGUAAUGAUGUUUCGGUGUUUUAGUUACUAAGAAAAUAUCUUUUAGUGAUAUUUAAGAUACCGAGAAGCGUCAUUAAUAGAAUACCGUUGCUGAUUGUGAAACAGAUUUUUUUCUUUGGUUUUCUACUUUGUAUACAUAUCUAUGCAUUCUAUCACAACACAAACGCUGUGUGGUUUAUUACACAACAUGACAAAUUUGUAGUAUAUUUUCUUAGUUCUAUUAGAUUCGCACAUUUUUCGCCUCAUACUAUAUUGGCAGAUUUAACACACAUUUUUCUAAAAAUGCAAAAUAUCCAUUUUUAAUACAUAUGUUGCAUAAAUCAAUUAUGUAGUCAUUAUUAGCGGUAUAAUUAUAUAUUUAAUUUCAUUUGUUUUAUAUAUACACAUAUAUGCGUGUGUAUAUGUGUGUGUAUAUAUAUAUAUAUAUAUAUAAAGACAAAAUAUAUACAUAUAUAUGAUUAAUAGUGAUCGGAUGUAUACAUGAUAUAUCAAUUUGUGGACACAAAAUCAGUAACAAACUACUUUGAUAGCGAUUUUAUUGUGUUAUACUAGCAAUCAUUUCAUAAUUUAAUCCAUUAAUAACUUAUAGUAUUAUAAUUGUGUUGCAUGUGUAUAGGAUGAAA